AUGGAGCUGGAAAGAGACACGGACGACUUCUUGAUGUACUUCAUCCUGAUGGAGAAGGUCCCGGUGGGCAACAGGACAAUGGAGCCAGGCAAACUUUGCUACAUGAGUGAGGAGUCCUAUCUCCAGAGGGUGACAGGAGACCAAAACCCCACGCAGUCCCUCAACGUCCACUUCCUAGAGGAGAGCGCUCUGGUGGAGGUAGAUGUCAAUGUCCUGCAACCUCUGAAGAGGAGACAAGCCGCCCUCCUCCUGGCCAUCACCAACCCCACCGAGCGGCUGAGCUGCUUCCUGGAGAGGGGCCUGCUGGACCAGGCAGUUAAGGCAGAGGUGGGCCAGCGGGUUCUGGUGGAGCAUGAGCAGAAGCUGUACCCGGCCUUUAUACACUAUGUGGGCAACAUCUUGGACAGCAGCGCCCUACUGCCCCCCAUAUACUUUGGGGUGGAGCUGGAGGGGGAAGGUGAAGGGUGCGGCAAAAUUGACGGCACAUUUCGGGGGGUGACGUUCUUCAAAUGUAAGCAGAACAGCGGCCUGCUGUUACCGUUCAACAAGAUCCUCUUCUCUGGAGCGGCGCCAUCAGACAUUCUGGGGUCCCCCUUGGCUCAGACCCCCGUCAAUCAGGGGGACAAAGUCUCCUACUUUGUGGAUGACGAGUUAAAGCGGGGGCUGGUCAUAUUCAACAAGAUGGCAGACGGCUACGUGGAGGUGUUGCCGGAGGACAGCUCCUCCAGUACGCUGAUGAAGAUUCCCCUGGAUGCCAUUGUGAAGGAAGACAUUACCCCAGAUGGUGCGGCCAUGUGUCGGGAACAGAAGAGCCCCAAUGACGGCAAACAGAAAGAAGAGCUUUUGGGAAGAAACCUGGAAGUGGAUUCCCUAGUACAGAUUCAGUAUCAGGAAGGAGAGAUGGCCUAUGGGAUCAUCCGAUGGUUGGGGUAUCUGCCACAAAUGGAGGACGCCAUGGUCGGGGUGGAGCUAGAAGAAGAUAAAGGUUGCACCGACGGCAGCUGGCAGGGGCGCCGGUAUUUCUUUUGUGGCCCAAAACGAGGAAUUUUUGUCAAGUUGAAAGCAUGUCAGCCAGACACCCGCUUUCUGUCUAGUAAAGACUGUGAACCAAAGAGCCUGGAGGUUGAGGCGCAUAAUAAAGAAGGUUACAGGAUCCCUGGGAAGGUCCCCCCGCUGCAGGGAUGUUCUGCUGUGGAUAUUUUACAGGGUGAUAUGAAAGGGAUACAAGGCCACUGUAACUCCUGCUACAUGGAUGCUGCCCUUUUCAGCCUCUUUUCCUGUAGCUCAUCGUUGGACGCUCUACUCUUCAAACCGGCGUCCCACCCAGACAGAGAGAUCCAGAGGACCCUGAGGGAGGAGAUUGUCAACCCUCUGCGCAAGAACGGGUACGUCUCGGCGGACAGUGUGAUGAUGCUGCGACAUCAGUUGAUGCAGGAGAGUCAGUGCCCCAGCUUCACCACCUCCGAGAAAGAGGGGAGGGAGGUCGUUGGUUUCACCUUGGCAGUGACAUUGUCUUGGCAGUUUGCUCCUCUUCUCAUGUUGUGCUCUCUACCCCAGGUCAAAGGGUCAAGGUGUCCAGGAGUGUUACUGCUACCAAAUCUUCAUAGAGAAGCAGCAGGAGAUGACCGUUCCCAAUGUCCAACAGCUUUUGGAGCAAUCCUUUCACCACUCCAACCUCAAGCUGGCCGAGGUUCCAUCAUGUUUCAUCAUCCAGAUGCCGCGGUUCGGGAAGGAGUACAAGAUGUUCAGUAAAAUCGUUCCCUCCCUGGAAUUGGACAUCACAGAUCUGCUGCUCGAUAAUCCCCGGGAGUGCAUAGUGUGUGGACAAUUGGCCGUCUAUGAAUGUUCCGAAUGUUUCAAGGAUGACCUCCUCUCCCGGCACGGCCUGAAGCAAUUCUGUGCCCUCUGCUCUCAGCAGGCUCACAACCAUCACAAGCGAAAAAAUCACAAACCCAUCCCCCCUAAAGAUCCCUGACACCUUCCUAAAGGCCCAGGGGACCAAGAAGAUCCCUCGGGAGACGCUGGAACUGUUCGCUGUGCUGUGUAUAGAGACCAGUCACUAUGUGUCUUUCGUUAAGUACGGGGGGUGGAGAAGGGAAGCUGGAUGUUCUUCGACAGUAUGGCGGACCGAUAUGGUAGCGAAAAUGGCUACAACAUCCCCCGAGUCAGCCUCUGCCCAGAGGUGGCCACGUACCUGGCCUCUCCGCUGAAAGACCUCAUCAACCAGAACCCUCGUGAGAUGAAAGGUGUUUCCAAACGCCUCUUCUGUGAUGCCUAUAUGUACAUGUACCAGUCCAAGAGGAUGGCACUCUACAAAUGA